ACCUGACACCUGAGACUUACUCUUCAGUGCGUUAUAGGAGUACAUCGCAGCAGCCAGUGUUCAGCGCAUUGCCUAUCCAGCUAGCACUUCGUGGAAGCACCAGCUGGGAGGGUCGCCAUGGGGGGAGAGACCAAGGUCGUCGAGGAGACCAAGGUGGAGCUGAAGACGGCCGUGUACAAGGUGCACGUCCACUGCGGGCAAUGCGCGCGCGACAUCGAGACGCAGUUCACCGAGUUCCAUGGGGUUCAGGAGGUGAAACUGGACGCGGGGUCAGGGAAGGUGACGGUGAGGGGCGUUGGGUUCGACGAGGAGAAGCUCAGGGUGAAGGUGUCCAAGGGUUGCAGGAGGAACGUUGAGUACAUACCUCCCCCACCUCCCUCCAAAGACAUAUUCACCGAGAUCAAGAGCACCAAAGAGGAGAUCAAGAUCAUAACUGUGAAGGUCCCCUUGCACUGUCCGGACUGCGCAGUCAGGGUCAAAGAGAUCCUACUUGAGCACAAGAGUAUUUACGCUGCCAAGACGGACUUUGGCAAGGGCACUUGUGUCAUCGAAGGCGUCAUUGAGGAGAAGAAGCUGACCGAGUACAUCUACCAGAGAACGCGCAAGCACUGCAUCAUCGACAAGGUAGAGACGACGGUGCGCAUCGUGGAGGAGACGGUCGUGGUCAAGAAGAACAAAGAGGAGGUAGUCGACAAGGUGGUUGAAAAGGUUGCAGAGGUUAUAGAGGAGAAGAUCAAGGAGGUGGUGGCCCCUUACUUCCUCCCCUGCACGCACCCGCACUUCGUCGACUACUCGCACCCGUCGCACCGCUGUGGCGGCGGCUUCGGCGAUGGCUGCUCGCCGUACGGUGGUGGUGGUUACGGUUAUGGCCACGGGCACGGCUACGGUGGUGGCUGUGGGUCGUCAUACAGUAUACACUCUGAGCUCAGAGGGUACCAGGACACGUCCUUCUUGCAUUGCUCGCAUCCUGUUGAGUUCCUCAGUCACGAGAACCCCAAUGGAUGCUCCGUGAUGUAGAGUGCUUGAAUUUUGUAGGCAGAUUCAUGGCAAAUGUGUUGAAACUCUAAAUAAGAACACCAUUAAACUACUCUCUCUGUUUUCAUU